GUAAGGCAUCAAAAGGCUGAAGGUACCCACUGCAUCGCUUUUCCAUUUACGUCUUGAAAUUUUCUCAUCCCACAUGGCAUUUCCUAGUUGUAGAAGUGUCUUUAUUACUGGCUGUAAUCGAGGUCUUGGCUUAGAGUUCGUCAAGCAGUUUCUAAACCUUCCAAGUCCUCCAGAAUUCUUGUUCGCAACGUGCAGAUCGUUAGCCGCUGAGAGUGCAAAUGAGCUCAAGCAACUUGCCUCCAAGAACAAAAACCUUUAUCUCAUUGAGCUGGAUGUCGAUGAUUAUGAAGCCAUCAAGAAGGUGGCCUCUGAGGUUGGCGAAAAAUUACAAGRCGAGGGGUUGAAUUUGCUACUUAACAACGCUGCGAUCAUGAGUCGUGAAGUGAUCGGAGAAAUUACACCAGAAGCGAUGAUGCGAGUCUACAAAACCAAUACAGUCUCUCCCAUCAUAGUGAUUCAGGGUCUUCUUCCUUUCCUCAAGACCGCAGCUCAGGAUCCUGAAGAUCGUAGCUUACCUAAAGCAGCAAUCAUCAACGUGGGUGCUGGCUACGCAUCAAGUACCUUUCGUCGUACCCGAGUCCCUUAUCCCUACACUGCAAGCAAAUCGGCAUUAAGUUGCGUGACCAGACUGAUGGAUGUUGAUUUAAAAAGCUUUGGUAUCGGCGUGUUCGCUUGUGAUCCUGGUUGGGUAGCCACGGACAUGGGAUCGGAGGAGCCCGUUGGAAAGCCGCCAUUAACACCCGAGCAAUCCAUCUCUGGGUUGAUGAAAACCUUUGGGUCUUUGGAUGAAAAGCUCACUGAGAAGGGAGCUAUAAGAUAUGAUGGACAAAUAGUCCCCUGGUAGAAUGAUGGCAAACUAUGACCAGACUCACAUGGGCCACUAAAAACGUGUUCUCAUAAAAAUAGCUUGAAUCUUAAAUGUAAAAAAUGUUGGAUGACACUAUCCCCCCGGGACACUAUCCUACAAACUGGCACAUUAUGUAGGGAAAAAGGUACUGCCGCUCAAAAGUACGAUAUAGGGUCUGGAUUUAUUCGAAUAAUAAAGUUUUUACAGUCUGGGGUCUGUGAAUCCUUUGUCUAUUCAAGACAAUUAUGAAUUACAAAUUUUAAAAUAAAACUGAUCGAGUCACGCA